AUGCCCUACAGGUGUUAAGAUUACAAUUAGGAGUUGUUGCAUUAGGCCUGGAGGCUGCAUUUCCCGACUUCCUGACUGGUGUUUUGCCAAUCCCCUCAGUCCCAGACCCAGAGGAGGACAGCCAUGGCUGUGCCAUUGGAGGAUGCCUGAAGGAGGCCUCUCUUGAGAGCUUUCCCCACCUGUGUACCCUGUCAUGGAGCUAGCGCUGCCUCCCCUCCCUGCCCUUGCAACCCCCAGCUUCCCCUUCUCCAGGAUAAUCCCCUUCAGUAGCUCCACCUCCCAGGUUCUCAGUGUCCCUGGCUGUUCAGCCCAGCCUGGCCAGCUGGCUGUGCUGGCAUGGCCCCUGGUGUGGUAGCAAGCUAUAAAUAGCCCCAGCACCCAUGGCCUUGGCAGGGUGCUCCUGGUGCGUGUGCAGAGGACACUGUAGAAGAGGCAACUGAACCUGCUGUCCUCACCAGGCCAGGUCCAGAGCUGGCUGGGAGGAGAACAGGGAGUGGGCUCCAUGAGUACGUGGGCCUGGCUGCCCCAAGCUUCUUGCAGACGUGCCAGGCCCUCAGCCCCAGCCCAUGGACCUGCGGGUGGGCCAGAGGCCCGCAGUGGAGCCCCCACCAGAGCCCACGCUGCUGGCUCUGCAGCACCCCCAGCGACUGCACCGCCACCUCUUCCUGGCAGGGCUGCAGCAGCAGCAGCAGCAACAGCAGCAGCAGCAGCAGCAGCAGCAGCGCUCAGCCGAGUCCAUGAGGGUCUCCAUGGACCCCCCGAUGCCCGAGCUGCACGGGGGACAGCAGGAGCAAGAGUUACGGCAGCUCCUCAAUAAGGACAAGAGUAAGCGAAGUGCCGUAGCCAGCAGUGUGGUCAAACAGAAGCUGGCUGAGGUGAUCCUGAAGAAACAGCAGGCAGCAGCCCUGGAGAGAACAGUUCAUCCCAGCAGCCCCAGCAUUCCCUACAGAACCCUCGAGUCCUUGGACACAGAAGGAGCUGCCCGCUCCAUGCUCAGCAGCUUUCUGCCCCCUGUUCCCAGCCUGCCCAGUGACCCCCCAGAACACUUCCCCCUGCGUAAGACAGUGUCUGAGCCCAACCUGAAGCUGCGAUACAAGCCCAAGAAGUCCCUGGAACGGCGCAAGAAUCCACUGCUCCGCAAAGAGAGUGCCCCGCCCAGUCUCCGGCGGCGACCUGCAGAGACCCUUGGAGACUCUUCCCCGAGUAGUAGCAGCACGCCUGCAUCAGGGUGCAGCUCCCCUAAUGACAGCGAGCAUGGCCCCAACCCUGUCCUGGGCUCCGAGGCGCUCUUGGGCCAGCGGCUGUGGCUGCAGGAGACUUCUCUGGCCCCCUUCGCCUUGCCAGCAGUGUCCUUGCUGCCCGCUAUCACGCUGGGGUUGCCCGCCCCUGCCAGGGCUGAUGGUGACCGCAGGACCCAUUCGACUUUGGGCCCUCGGGGUCCAGUCCUGGGAAGCCCCCAUACUCCCCUCUUCCUGCACCAUGGUCUGGAGCCAGAGGCUGGGGGCACCUUGUCCUCUCGCUUACAACCCAUUCUCCUACUGGAUCCCUCCGUCUCUCAUACCCCCCUGCUGACUGUGCCCAGGCUUGGGCCCCUGCCCUUCCACUUUGCCCAGUCCUUACUGACCACCGAGCGGCUCCCUGGGUCAGGCCUCCACUGGCCGCUGAGCCGGACCUGCUCAGAGCCCUUGCCCCCCAGCGCCACCACCCCCUCACUGCUGGGCUCCCUGCAGCCCCGCCCGGAGUGGCUCAAACCUCACGGCCAGCUAAACAAGCCAGGUAUCUCCCCUCCCCAGAGGCCAGCCAAGCCAAGUGAGAAGCCCCGACUGCAGCAGAUUCCCUCUGCUGAGGACCUAGAAGUAGAUGGCGGGGGAGUAGGGCAGGUGUUGGAUGACAGCCUGGAACACAGGGAGCCGAGCUAUGGACAGCCUGAGGGCAGAGGCCCUGUUUCUCUCCAGCAGCACCAGCAGGUGUUGCGGCUGGCCAGGCGGCUUCCCCGUGGAGGCACCGGGGACUCUGUGCUGCUUCCUCUGGCCCAAGGAGGACACCGGCUCUUGUCCAGGACUCAGUCUUCUCCAGCUGCACCUGCCUCACUGCCAACCGCAGAGCCUACUUGCCAAACCCGAGUCCUCGCCAGCUCAGAGACGCCCACCAGGACUCUGCCCUUUACCACAGGGUUGAUCUAUGACUCAGUAAUGCUGAAGCAUCAGUGCUCCUGUGGAGACAACAGCAAGCAUCCAGAGCAUGCUGGCCGUAUCCAGAGCAUCUGGUCCCGGUUGCAGGAGCGGGGUCUCCGGAGCCAGUGUGAGUGUCUCCGGGGCCGGAAGGCCUCCCUGGAGGAGCUACAGUUGGUUCACUCUGAGCGGCACGCACUUCUCUAUGGCACCAACCCACUCAGCCGCCUCAAACUGGACAAUGGGAAGCUGGCAGGGCUCCUGGAACAGCGGAUGUUUGUGAUGCUGCCCUGUGGCGGGGUUGGGGUGGAUACUGACACCAUCUGGAAUGAGCUACAUUCCUCCAACGCAGCACGCUGGGCAGCUGGUAGCGUCACCGACCUUGCCUUCAAAGUAGCUUCUCGUGAGCUAAAGAAUGGUUUUGCUGUGGUGCGGCCCCCUGGACACCAUGCAGAUCAUUCCACGGCCAUGGGCUUCUGCUUCUUCAACUCAGUGGCCAUUGCCUGCCGGCAGCUGCAACAACAACGCAAGGCCAGCAAGAUCCUCAUUGUAGACUGGGACGUUCACCAUGGCAACGGCACGCAGCAAACCUUCUACCAGGACCCCAGUGUGCUCUACAUUUCCCUGCAUCGCCAUGACGAUGGCAACUUCUUUCCAGGCAGUGGGGCUGUGGAUGAGGUGGGAGCUGGCAACGGUGAGGGUUUCAACAUCAAUGUGGCCUGGGCUGGGGGCUUAGAUCCCCCCAUGGGGGAUCCUGAGUACCUGGCUGCCUUCAGGAUAGUGGUGAUGCCCAUCGCUCGAGAGUUCUGUCCCGACCUGGUCCUGGUGUCUGCUGGGUUUGAUGCGGCCGAGGGUCACCCUGCCCCGUUGGGUGGCUAUCAUGUUUCUGCCAAAUGCUUUGGGUACAUGACACAGCAGCUGAUGAACUUGGCAGGAGGUGCAGUGGUGCUGGCCUUGGAAGGUGGCCAUGACCUAACAGCCAUCUGUGAUGCCUCUGAGGCCUGUGUGGCUGCUCUUCUAGGUAACAAGGUGGAUCCUCUUUCAGAAGAAAGCUGGAAACAGAAACCCAACCUCAAUGCCAUCCGCUCUCUGGAAGCCGUGAUCCGGGUGCACAGUAAAUACUGGGGCUGCAUGCAGCGCUUGGCCUCCUGUCCAGACUCCUGGGUGCCCAGGGGGCCAGGGGCCGAUGCAGAAGUAGAGGCUGUGACUGCACUGGCAUCCCUCUCUGUGGGCAUUCUGGCUGAAGACAGGCCUUCAGAGCAGCUGGUGGAGGAGGAAGAACCUAUGAAUCUCUAGGCUUCAGAACGGAUCAGCCUGCCCUUUGGACACAGCUCUCACCUAACCUCUGCUACUAGCCCUGUUCCUGG